AUGUGGAUACUUUACUUAACCGGCUUUCUGGCGUUUGUCCAGCUGCAGCAAAGCGCAGCCUUUGAAGUCAACAGUCGCAUAAUUGGAGGUCAAACGGUGUCUGUGGCUGAUUAUCCGUAUCUGGUGAAUCUACAACGUGGCAAUAGAAUGCGAUGUGGAGGCCAACUCAUCUCGCCCAGCUGCGUGCUCACUGCUGCCCACUGCUUGGAAGGUAAUCUGCAGGUCUCGAAUUUAUUUGUGCACGCUCAGCAACAGUGUUUGUCCGACACGAGUUCACCUCCGCAUGUGCGACAAGCUUGGUAUGCUUUGUUGCCUCCUAGUUAUGGGCGUCUAGGCCUCGAUUCGGACUUGGCUAUCAUUAAACUGCGACAGCCUUUCGACAUUUCCAGCAAUGCGAGCACAAUUGCGUUGGAUUACAAUGAACUGCCAGCGGACGCGAAUCUCACCGUCCUAGGCUGGGGAACGACACGUCGCAAAUGCUGCAAUUGGAAUCAAUGUCUCCAUGGAACUCAUGUAAGCCUGUUGAAACGAUUUGAGUGCUUGGAUCGUUUGCAUCAUUUCAGUCACUUCACCGAUAACAUGUUUUGCGCCUUGGGCAAGAAGAACCGCGACGUGUGUCUGGGCGACGGAGGAGGUCCUGUUGUCCAUGCAGGACGUCUUGUUGGCGUUGUCUCCUGGGACAAAGGAUGUGGCUCUGGUAUUCCUAGCGUUUAUACGCGCAUCAGUAGCUUGGAAAUGACGGUGUUCCUUAAGAGUCGCAUAGCAACGCACUGCUAAUGAGCUAUCAUAAGAAUUUUAUCCUUCUCCACAUAUUAUGUUUAAAUUUUAAACGAAUUUUCAGUAGCUUAAAUUAAAAACUCAUAUUUUUACUUUAAAUUUGCACAUUUCAUUACUUUUUUGUCGCUUCUAAGUUUCUGCCAAUUUAAUCGUUACUU